CAACGGUCGAUUCUCAAAAUUCGAACGUCAACUCCUGAAAAGAGUCGAUGAGGCUGACUGAGAUGAAAGUUGAUUAUUGUACUGCCUAAUUCAAGUCACUAACUUUGUGAAAGAUCGAUAUUCUCAUGCUGGUAAGCUUAAUUUCUCGCCGACUUUCGAAUAUGAAGCCCGACUACGGCUGCUUAUGAUAGCUUGUUGGAUUGACCGAAGUUAACGUUGAACAUCCUGCUAAUCCAGCUAGCACACUAGCUUGCUCGGUUAUUUUGCUGAAGUUUAGCAUUAUGCUGUGCUGACGAUACACUGGAUGUCGAGGAAAAAAACUUUUUACUGAUCAAAGAUUCCUAGCCAUGGUGAAAGAACGUGCCCAGAAGAAGUCCUUCCAGCAGAGUCUGGAGGACAUCAAGGAGAAAAUGAAGGAGAAGAGAAACAAACGGCUGGCCAGCGCCUCAGCUCCCAGUAGAGGACGGACCAGAAUGAUAAACAAAAGCAGUGUGGCUAACUCCACGCACACUAUCCUGAAAGGUAUCCAGCUGAACAACAAGACACUGGCUGUAGCUUUGCAAACUGAAAAGGAGAAAGUGAGGCAGGCUAAUGCAGUGAUCCUGCAGCUAAAAAGGGAGCAGCAGGCCCUGUUCCUUCAUCUGCUUCUGCUCAAGAGAAAGCUUAAAGAGCAGGAAGCUCUGGCAGCCAGUGCUUCAGAGGUACACCUGGUGCCCCAGCACCGUGUAGAUGUGGCAAGAAGGAAGCGGACCAGCCAGAACCUUGAUGAGCCUUUUGUGUGUCAAGCCUCACCAGUUUGUGCUGACCCUCAGCCCUCUGAAAAGAAUGAUCAAUCUGAAUAUAACGAAAAGGUUACCUUGCCAUCUACAGUGGGUGUGAGGCGUCGCCAUGCAGACAGAAGAAGCAGGAGACGGUCUGAGCGUGUGCGAGAAAAGACGUUGAGUGAGAGGGACCCCGUUACAGGCCUGGGUGCUUUAAUAGCAAGUCCUAUUAGCGGUGAUGAUGGAAAUCUGAAUCAGCCACAGCAAGGAGCUGAACUGGAUUUCAUAGACCACAAUGACACUGAGGAGAUUCAGCAUUCUACCCCUGAACCUGUCUUACCCAAAAAAACCAACCAGCAGCGACCCAGCAAGAAACGAGGCCUGCAGCAGCCACGCACCAAACCAGAACCGGCUGCACGGAAACCAGAGAGAGGUCGCAAACCAGAGCGUGGCCCUUUAAAGAAACCUUGGGAGAAUCCAAAACCUAGAGCCCGCUCCAAGAGUCGGGACCGGUCAGCCACACGGGCCAAAACUGCACCUCCAUCACAAGGGAAUAAGCUCAACACCUCACUGGGAUUUAAUGACACCUUUGACUUUGACUGUGAAGAGACGGUUCACGUCACGCCAUUCAGGGCCAAGACAGAGGACAAUCAGCCAGAUACGCCCAUCAGCCAAGGAAAAGACCAACCCCAGACCGAAACUUUACCUGUGGUUUCCAAGCAGAAUGAAUCCAGCUCAUCAUCACCAUCUUCUGAGUCGGAGGACAGCCUUUAUGUCCCUCAGAAGACCAGACGGAGACAGACUUCCCCUAACAAGACAAAAGUGAUCACCACCCGUAGAGGUCGGCCCUCUAAAGUCAUCAGACAGAAAGAUGUCCCUCCAAAGAAGGAGAUCUCUGUCUUUAUAGAGGAGUCAAGUCCUAAAGCUGUAGAGCCCGAUAAGGAAGAAGCUCAUCUUCAUCACUCGCCUGACUUGAGCUUUUCUAACAGCCCUGAGCCAGCGAGACUGGAACAGGAACGUGACCAACAGCCUUGCACAGGAGGUGAUGAGAGGGACUGUUUGCCUCCUGUCAGCCCUCUGGUUGAAGCAGAGAUGAUGAGAAUAGACAGCGUCCUGUCCAAUUUUGGAGAUUCUUCUGGUGAGGGUCCUCCUCUUGCACCCCACCAAACACCCCAGAGGGUCAAGUCAUGCAAAAAGCGUGGGCUUGGUGUAAGGACAGCGGGGCGGGGCUUGAGUCUGUGUGAUGUGACCAAUCUGUCCCCUGCAGCCUAUCGCAAGUUCUCCUGUGGUGGCUCGCGCCCCUCUGAUGCCAGAUGCUCCACUCCUGUUCCUGCUCGCAAGCGGCGCUGCACCAUGGUGGUGGACUACAAGGAACCCACGCUAAAUGCGAAACUUCGACGGGGAGACAAGUUCACAGACUUGCAGUUUCUCCGCUCUCCUAUUUUCAAGCAGAAGUCUGGCAGGAGGAAUUCUGUGCAGAAAUCAAGGAAUUCCGUGAGCAGCCAGCAGCCAUUUAAGAAGUACAAUGAGUCAUUUGUUGGAUGUCGCUGAAAGCAGCUACCUUGUUUGUCCUCUCUAAACCCUGACUGUUGGCUGGCAUUCUCAGUUUUACUGAGAUUUCUUAUGAGUUUAGUCAAGUGAUACUUUUUUCUUCCAGUCUCAAAGUUGCAUUUCUUUAUGCAAAGAACUGUGAUCAGUUUUAGAUGCUAUUUAUGUGACUUUGCUUGCUGCUUAUUUUGCAGAGGUUUGGUCUUCUCUCCUCUUUUUUGCCUUAUCUCUAGGUAAAUGUAGUAAUAGCUGUCAUAUGAGCGUGGCCAGAUUUUCCAAUCCGUCUUUCUUAGGUUCUGUGUUUUUAUUAAGAGAUCCCCAGUAUGAGUACAUAUUAUUGUCAUCUAAUAAACUACAAUUUAUAUCUUUUUCUUUAA